AUGAACGUUCUUCACAUCUUCGCCGGCCUCGCCGUUGUGGUGCCAGGCAUCUACAUGUUCACAGCCAGCACUGCCCAAUCGCCCAUCAAGAACAAGCGAGUUUGUCUCCUGAUUGCGCAUCCCGACGACGAAGCCAUGUUCUUCUCCCCGACCGUCCUCGCCCUCACGCGACCCGAGAACGGAAAUCACGUCAAGAUUCUAUGCCUAAGCACUGGAGAUGCCGACGGAUUAGGAGAAGUUCGCAAGAAGGAGCUGGUCAAGAGCGGCCUGACGCUGGGACUGCAGAGCGAGGACGAUGUUUUUGUGGUCGACAACCCCACCGAUUUUCCCGACUCCAUGACGAGAAUGUGGGACAAGAACCUGAUCGCUCGUCUGCUGGGAAGCACGUUUGCGCCCAAAUUUGGUCAGGAGCGUAAGAACAAUAUGAAGCCCACUGCCAACAUUGACAUCCUCAUUACAUUUGACAGCAAUGGCGUGUCUUCUCAUCCCAACCAUAUCUCUCUCUACCUGGGUGCCAGAUCCUUCAUCCAGGCCCUUACCACCGCGUCCGAGUGGCCGAGCCCCGUCGAUCUAUAUACCCUUUCCACCGUAGGCAUCGUGCGCAAGUACUCCGCCUUUAUGGACUUUGUUCCCACGCUACUCUCAUCCAUUGGUGUCAAGGAUCAGGAUAAGGAGCGACCCGAAAGUCUGGUAUUCAUGAACCAGCUCGUUGGUCGUGGUGCCUAUGGCACUGCUUGGAGCGCCAUGACGCAAGCGCACAGAAGCCAGAUGGUCUGGUUCCGCUAUGGCUGGAUCACUCUCAGCCGGUAUAUGGUCAUCAAUGAUCUACGUCUUGAAAAGAUUAAGCCACAGUAA